CACAGGGAAAUUCCAUUGAGGAAGGAAGUGAACCUGAUGAAUGUGUAAAGUCGCUCCUGGUGUCACCUGCAGGACUCUUUCGUAUUUUGUGGAGUUAUUUGCAGGGAAAUUAUAACCUAUUUUUAAUCCUUCGUUUAGCUGUUUUCUUUUCAUUACUUAAAAAAACGGUAUUCGUAAUGACGCGGUGCUGUUUCGUCACGACGUGCUGCUGUUGUUGAGACGCCUCAGUGUGAAACAUGGCGAGAUGACCAAGUGAAGCCUGUCAAUCAAAGCUCGUGUGUAGACUGCUGCCGUCGCUUUUCAGCAGGCAUCAUCAUGGCUGCAGACGACCACUACCUUCACCCCAAUAACCAGAUAUUUGACAACAUCAUGAUGGAUCCCUCGUGGGAUUUCACACAUUUCCCAACCAUGACUCAGACCACAUCGUCUCUAAGGGCAGGAGAUGGGCCAUUUCUACAGAUCCUGGAGCAGCCAAAGCAGCGGGGUUUCAGGUUCAGAUAUGGUUGUGAAGGUCCAUCUCAUGGCGGACUUCCUGGGGCUUCCAGUGAGAAGAAUAGGAAGACGUACCCCAGCGUCAAGAUCUGUAACUACCAGGGUCCGGCCCGGGUGGUAGUCCAGCUUGUGACGGCACUGACUCCCCACCCUCAGCUUCACGCCCACAGUCUGGUGGGGAAACAGUGUGACAAAGGGAUCUGCGUCGCUGACAUGCAGCCUAAAGACUCCACUGUCAGCUUUCCAAACCUGGGUAUUGAACAUGUAACAAAAAAGAAUGUGGCCAAGACUCUGGAGGAGAGAAUGAUAGAGGCAUUUAGGAUGGGAUACAACUCUGGGGUCGCCAUUCACCCUGAAAUCGACGCUCUGCAGGGGGAGGUCCGAGUUCCCCGAGACCUCCAUGACCACCAUCGUAGCAUCAUCAGCACCGCAGCUGUCGUUCAGGCCAAAGAGAUGGACCUCAGUGUGGUCCGCCUCAUGUUCACAGCCUUUCUUCUCGACAGUGAUGGCGGUUACUCCAGACGACUGGAACCGGUCGUGUCAGAACCCAUCUUUGACAGCAAGGCUCCAAAUGCUUCAAACCUGAAGAUUGUGAGGAUGGAUCGAACUGCAGGCUGUGUGACAGGGGGAGAGGAAGUUUAUCUGCUCUGUGACAAAGUACAGAAAGAUGAUAUCCAGGUACGAUUUUAUGAAGAAGAUGAGUCAGGGAUGAUCUGGGAGGCUCUUGGUGAUUUCUCACCCACAGAUGUUCAUAGACAGUUUGCCAUUGUCUUCAAAACUCCAAAGUAUCGUGACCAGAAUCUUCUGAGACCGACACCAGUGUUUGUCCAACUGAAGAGAAAGUCAGAUAAUGAAACCAGCGAACCCAAACCCUUCACUUAUCACCCCCAGAUCAUAGACAAGGAGGAGGUUCAGAGGAAAAGGCAGAAGACGCUGCCAAAUUUCCAUGACUUUAGUGGUCAUGGUGCAGGAGGAGGUCUUUACAGAGGAGGCGGAGGAGGACCAACAUCAGGAGGAGGAGGAGGACCAGGUUCUUCAGUAGGAGGUUACUUCCAGGGUUUUACUACAUAUAAUUAUGGUGGCGGGGGAGGAGGAGGUGGUGGCUUCUCCACGGGAUACUCAGCAGGUCUGGGAGGAGGAGCGGGAGGCAUGAAACACGUCUGUCAGCGUGAUGAUUCAGACGAUGACAAUGACGAUGAAGACGAUGACUCUGGGGCUGGUGCUGUGCUAGGAGCCUCAGGUCAGACGGUGGAGGAGAGGAUGAAGGAGGUUGGAGUCAAAACAGAUUUGGAACCAGAUGCAGAUGAAGAGUUGGAUGAGAUGACCAGCAAACAGUUGGUCGCUCUGUUUCAGUACUCUGUGACAGGUGACCCAGCAUACCUGCUGACUCCACAGCGCCCCCUAAUGAAAGCACAAGAUGAGGACGGAGACACCGGGCUUCACCUGGCCAUCAUCCACAGCCAGCAGGAGGCGCUGCAGAGUCUGACUCAGGUAGUCUUGGCUUUGCCUGGAGAGGAAGUUCUCAAUAUGAGAAACCACCUGUACCAGACUCCUUUACACCUGGCGGUAAUCACACAGCAAAAGGAAGCAGUAGAGGCGCUGUUGAUGGCGGGGGCUGACCCAACCCUGACAGAUCGCAACGGCAACACAGUGCUCCACCUGGCAUCACAGCAGGAGGCAGGGGGGAUGGUCAUGUUCUUACUCCAACACCAAGAUGUGAGGAGAGUGAUGGAGCAGAACAACACUGCAGGCAUGUGUGCUAUCCACCUGGCUGUCAUGGCCAAUCAGUUGAAUUCUCUGCGGGAGCUGCUAGAGAGUGGAGCUGACGUGGAGGCUCAGGAGCGCAGCUGUGGUCGGACUGCGCUCCACCUCGCCACAGAGACCGACAAUGUGUCGCUGGCAGGGUGUCUGCUGCUAGAGGGAAAUGCUGAUGUGGACUGUUGCACUUUUAAUGGCUCCACACCCCUUCACAUCGCUGCAGGGCGAGGUUCUGCUAAACUUACCGCCCUUCUCAUGGCAGCAGGUGCCGACCCACAUAAGGAAAACUGUGAGCCCUUGUUCUUCAAAGAGGAGUCCGAGCUCUUUGAUGAGGAGGAGGAAGAUGAAGGCUAUGUCCCAGGAACUACUCCACUCAACAUGGCAGCCACCACACAGGUACUGGAACUUCUUAACGGAAAAGAGUACGAACCACACACAUGCUCAAGUGUCAUAGAUCUCCCAAAAGGUGAUUUGUCAAGCCUCGAUGCAAAGGUUAAGGAGAAGGUGUGCCAUGCUUUGGAGAGUGAAGGAUGCUGGGAAAAGUUGGCUCACAGUCUGGGUCUUGGGAUCCUCAACACAGCUUUCAAAUUAAGUCCGUCCCCUUCCAAAACCCUGCUGGACAGCUACGAGGUCUCAGGAGGGACAGUCAGUGAUCUACUAGCUGCACUGAGGUUAGCUGGGAAGUGCAGAGCUCUAAGCAUUCUAGAGGAGACGUUGCAAGGCUCCACUGUAGAGGAAUCCAAAACACCAGAUAAAGAUUAUCGGCUCCUCCAGUUUCAGGACAUUAAGGCGGACGUUCGCAUCGAUAGUGGUGUCUGUGAUAGCGGGGUUGAGCUUUCUACAGCCUAACUGUCUGGUUGGUUCUCAUCAUCCAAUCACUGAAGGUUUUUAACCAUUUUUAAUCUCAAACUGAAAAAGGGUUUUCAGUGCUGACCUCUGCCGGAGCUAAGAAAUGUUUCAGCAAAACUUACCUGAGAGUUUAGUACCAUGGAUUUUCCAUCCACGCUAAGGACAGUCUACUCAACGCACUCUUGAAGACAUCUCAUCCACUUUCUCAUUCUGUCCUUUUUGCAUACGUCACAUAUUUAAGGACAUCUUGUCCAGUCAGAGAACAGCUAGUCCACAUUUUGGACAUAGGGUCAAUAAUUAAAGAUAUUUCGUCCACUGUUGUCCACUCGGACAGUCCUUCCCUCAUUGGUAUGUUUGUAUUCAGUCUGAGGGCAUCUGGUCAACAACUUCCUAUUCUCUGCUGUGGGGACAUCCUGUUCCAAAGACAUUGGUGCUGUGGAUGAUUGUCAAAAAAAACAAUUGAGUUUUUUUCCCAAUGACCUUGAAAAACUCUGUUUGGACUUUUUCAGACAAAAUACAUGGGGGACAUAUUCUUAUAUUUAGCUCCUUCAGUUUGACAGUAAUAUCUUACUGUUUUGUCUCAUCACUGAAACAAACGCUUCAAAAAUGUUUUAUCAGAUGUUUGAACAGAAACCUUCACACCGAAGAAUAACAUAACCAAAGGCAUUGUGGGAAGAAACAGUUUGAACACAUAUUUAUGCCACUGUACAGUUUAACAUGAGCUUUCAUUGGUUAUUUUUAAAUAAAAUCUUUUUUAAUAAAUUA